AUAAAAAUAUGAAAGCUGAAUCUAGUUUAAAAAAAUUGGUCAAAAGUAAUGUGUAGGACGCACAACCUUGUGUGAACAAUUUACCUAAUCACAAGUCGCAAUGUUGUCGAAACAAGCGCUUCGGUUGAAAUUUUCAACGCUUCUACAAACUGCGAAGUACUCCACAGCGACGAACCGAGAAAAUUUUUAUAAACAUUUUACUGCGUCUAACAACGAUGAUGCGAAUCCAGAGGGAUGGGAGAACGCGAAACCGUUCGAGAGUAUGCCUGGACCAAAACCUUUGCCGGUGCUUGGAAAUAUGUGGAGAUUUUUUCCCGGAGGGGAACUUCACGGAAUAAAAACAGAUGAGCUGUUGCUAAGAUUUCAACAACGAUAUGGUGAUGUUGUACAUUUUGGAGGAAUAUGGGGGCGCAGAGAGAAAGUCUUUCUAUAUAAUCCAGAUGACAUGGAAUAUCUAUUUCGCAACACCGGACCUUUUCCUUCCAGACUUAUUAUGGACUGUAUGUACUAUUAUAGAAAAAAAGUAAGGAAGGAUUUGUACAAGGGGAAUGUUGGUCUUACGUUUAUAAACGGUGAGGAAUGGUAUAAAUUAAGAACUAUUGUCAAUCCAAUACUAAUGCAGCCCAAAACAGUUCAGCAGUACACCACAAGAAUGGACGGAGUAGCUAAGGACCUCAUGAAACUGAUCAGAUAUCGUAUGAAAAGUGAGGGAACUAAUCAAACCUCCGCUGAUUUCGAGAAAGAUUUAUAUAAAUGGGCAUUGGAUUCAGUUUCAAUUAUUGCUUUAAACAAAAAAUUAGGUGCUCUUAAUACAAAUACAGACAAAAAUUCGGAUAUCUAUAAAUUUGUCCUUUAUAUAAUAAGGCUGUUCGACCUAAUCUUUUACUUAGAAUUUAUGCCUCCAUUUUGGAAGUAUCUUCCAUCUAAACAACUAAACGAGUUUUGUGAAAAAUUUGACUUUAUUAAUAGUGUAAUUAUCAAAAUUAUUGAUGAAGAAUUAGCAAACUUUAAAAAUCAGAAUGUACCAGACGAUGAGCUUGGCGUACUGCAGCGUUUGACAAAAGUUAACAAGGAAACGGCAUUUAUCAUGACAAUGGACAUGUUAACAGCGGGAGUUGAUACGACGGGAAAAACACUUGCAGCAGUAUUGUACUUUUUGGCUAAGCAUCCAGAGAAGCAAAGCAUACUCCGUGAAGAAGUAUUAAAAUACCUACCAGAAAAAGACUCAGUAUUAACACCCGACAAAUUGUCUGAUAUGCAUUACUUAAAAGCUGCCGUCAAAGAGAGUAGUAGGAUUGCUCCAGUUGCUAUCAGCGGUCUCAGAACUACCACAAAGAACAUGAUACUAGGAGGUUAUCAAGUACCAAAAGGAACAGAUGUUUCUCCUAUGCAUUUUUAUGCAUCAACAUUGAUAGAUAAAAAUUUCAAAGAUCCAGCUAAAUUUAUACCGGAAAGAUGGCUACGAUCUGUCAGCAACGAGUACUCCGCGAAAAACGCUCAUCCGUUCGCUUACAUGCCGUUUGGACAUGGUGCCCGUUCUUGUGUCGGCAGAAGAUUUGCCACUUUGGAAAUAGAAGUUGCCGUCGCAAACAUGAUCAGGAAUUUUGAAAUGUCUUGGGACCACCCAGAUAUGAGAUUUGAAGCUAAGUUCUUGUAUGGCUUAGCGGAUCCCCUUAAACUUACCCUUAAAGAACUGAAGUAAUUAAAAUUUGUUAAAAUUAAGAUUUCGUUUAGGUUAAGUUGGAUUUUAUGAAUAUUUCAUAUUUUUCUUAUUGUUGUAAUUAAAUUGUUUUUUUUUUAUAUAAAUAAAUAACAUUAACUAUAUAA